UCGCUUCAAAAAGAUUUUUCUGCUGAAACUUCUCCCUCUAACUUUGAUAUUACCUCAUCCAUUGAUCUCCAGCUUUCUUCCUCCGAUCAACAGCUGUGGAUUUGCCGGCGGACGCGCCCUGAAGUUCGCCUGAGCUCCGAUGAGUUGCUGGAAGAAUUUUCUGGCAAUGUGUCCUUCCUGCUCUCUCCUUCUUCUGUUUCCUCUGUUUCUUCACUCGUUCUUGGCUCUGGUAUCUGCUCAGGGAUCUAAUAAUACAGCUCUAUGGCAGACUCUGAGUGGAGAGGCUCCAUUUGUUGUGGCUCGCGGUGGAUUUUCAGGGCUGUUUCCUGAUUCAAGCGGAGUUGCCUACAAUUUUGCAGUUAUGGUUAGUGUUCCUGAUGUGAUCUUAUGGUGCGAUGUGCAAUUAACCAAAGAUGGAGUUGGAAUUUGCCUCCCGGAUCUAAGGCUUGACAAUGCUACUGAUGCUCCGGGUAUUCUGGGGACAAACCGCAGCAAUGUCUAUCUUGUUAAUGGUGCCCGUACUAAGGGAUUGUUUACAGUCGAUUUCAAUCUCAAAGAACUCGAAAAUGUUUCUAUUGUUCAAGGUAUCUAUUCUCGAAGUAACAAGUUUGAUGGCAAUCGGUUUGUUAUUCUCACUCCUGAAGAUGUGGCUAAUCAGUUCAAGCCACCAGGACUUUGGCUAAAUAUUCAGCAUGAUGUGUUCUUCACACAACAUAACGUGAGCAUGAGGAACUAUGUACUUUCUGUAUCCAGACGCAUUGUUGUUAACUACAUAUCAUCACCAGAGGUGGGAUUUCUUAGAAGUAUAGCUGCAAGAGUUAAUCCCCGCAUAACAAAGUUAAUCCUUCGGGUCUUAGGACCAACUGAUACUGAGGUUACCACCAAUCAGACAUAUGACUCUCUCUUACGCAAUCUCACCUUUAUCAAGACAUUUGCUUCUGGAAUUCUUGUUCCUAAGACUUAUAUAUGGCCCACUGAUAAAGAUGGUUACAUACUACCUCAAACCUCUCUUGUUUCUGAUGCUCAUAAAGCACAGCUGGAAGUUUUUGCAUCAGAGUUCUAUAGUGAUCUUCCACUAAGCUACAACUACAGUUAUGAUCCCGUUACUGAAUACCUGUCUUACUUUGACAAUGGUGAAUUUUCAGUUGAUGGUGUGCUUACUGAUUUCCCUAUUACUCCAUCGUCAGCUAUUGACUGUUUUGCUCAUUUGGAUAAGAAUGCCAAAAGUCAAGUCAAGCCUUUGGUUAUUUCACAAUUUGGAGCUAGUGGAGACUUUCCUGCUUGCACAGAUUUGGCGUAUUCCAAGGCUAUUUCAGAUGGUGUUGAAGUGCUUGACUGUCCUGUUCAAAUAACAAAAGAUGGAACGCCAUUUUGCAUGAGCUCAAUUAAUCUCAUUGACAGCACAACAAUAUCUCAAUCAUCAUUCAUUGACCGUUCAAAAAAAAUUCCCGAAAUUAGUCCUAACGACGGGAUCUUUGCUUUUGACUUAACAUGGGAAGAGAUUCAAGGCCUGACCCCGUCAAUAUUGAGCCCUUUUUCAAAGUUCACAUUGUUCCGAAACCCGAGGUUCAGAAACAGUGGGAAAUUCUUAACACUACCUGAUUUCUUGGCCUUGGCAAAGAAUGCAAGCACUCUUUCUGGUGUCUUGAUCCAAAUUAAGAAUGCAGCCUACCUUGCUAAGGAUCAGGGUUUAAGUGUAAUUGAUGUGGUCUUUGAUUCCUUGAGCAAAGCUGGUUAUGAUAAUCAGACAGCCCUUAAAGUAUUGAUUCAAUCUCCAGAUAGUGCUGCUCUAGUAAAACUUAAACAGGAAAAUAAAAGUUACGAGCUUGUUUACGAAGUUGAAGAAUCAAUUAGUGAUGUGCUCAAUACAACUGUUGAGGACAUUAAGAGUUUUGCUGACUCUGUGACUAUCAGCAAGACCUCUGUCUUCCCUGUAAAUCAGCUAUUUCUCACUGGAUCUACAAAUGUUGUGAAGAAGCUGCAAGCACUUAAUCUCUCAGUGUAUGUGGAAACCUUCAGCAAUGAAUUUGUCUCUCAAGCGUGGGAUUUCUUCUCAGAUGCAACAGUAGAAAUCAACUCAUAUGUUCUAGGAGCCGACAUUGAUGGAGUCAUCACUGGCUUUCCAAAGACAUCUGCUAGAUAUAAAAAGAACCGAUGCUUAUCAAUGAAAGAAACACCUAAUUACAUGAGCCCUGUCCAGCCUGGUAGCUUGUUGCAACUUGUUACUCCAGAUUUCUUGCCUCCGAAGACACCUGCAAGCCCAGUUCUAGAUGACAAAGCCGUAGCCGAGCCACCAUUGCCUCCGGUUUCGAGCAAAGCCCCAGCACCUGCUGUGGAAGGUGGUGGCUCUACAGCAACCCCUCCAACUUCUAAACCCAAUGGACAACCUAAGCUUGGAGUUGGGGCAGGCUUCUUGUUCUUGAACCUUGCCAUACUUUCCAUUGCUCUUCUUCCAUUCUGAGAACAAUAGCAGUACAUGCCCGGGUUCGCUCGUUUCGACUGUAAAUUUCGUAUCUUUGUUGCAUUCUAGAAUCGAGCUUUGCUAGUUCAAAUUCUUUUUCGUGAUUCGGUAUUUAAUUCUUUGAACUUUCUUGUCUGUAGGUAUCUUUAGUCUUUCCCCCAUGUUAAAAAAACAUCAAUUCUUGAGAGGGUACACAUUCAUGAUGAUGGAUUGAUUAUAUUUGUAACCAAUCUUCCAAUGUUUCGGUCCUUU